GCGCGCCGCCCGGCGCGGGGGAGGCGCUUUACGGCGGCCGCGUGAGGGCGAGACUCUCGCGCUCGGGCCCCACUUCCCACGUGGCGCCGGCGGAGGCGCGUCCUCCCGAGCGCCGCGGGUCCCCGCCGCCGCCUGCGCGGCUCCUCCUGGCGCCGAGAUGAAGCGGCCGAAGUUAAAGAAAGCGAGUAAACGCAUGACAUGCCAUAAGCGGUACAAAAUCCAGAAAAAGAUCCGUGAGCACCAUAGGAAAUUGAGAAAGGAAGCGAAGAAAAAAGGUCAUAAGAAACGGAGAAAAGAUCUGAGUGUUCCCAACAGUGCUCCCUUCAAGGAGGCCAUUCUUCAGGAAGCUGAACUGAGGAAACAGAGGCGUGAAGAACUUAGACAGCAGCAAAAACUUGAUCGGCUGGAGGAACAGCAAAAGAGACGAAACCUUGACACAGACUCUGAUAUUAAGCCAUCUGAUGAACCUGUGAAGGAGGAAUUGGGGCAAAGCAAAGCUAAGAACAAAACCAAGUCAGGCAAACAGAAUCCAAAGAAGAUGUACUGUCAGGAGCUCAAAAAGGUGAUUGAAGCCUCUGAUGUUGUGUUGGAGGUGCUGGAUGCCCGCGAUCCUCUUGGUUGCAGGUGUCCCCAGGUAGAAGAAGCCAUUGUCCAAGGUGGACAGAAAAAGCUGGUGCUUGUAUUAAAUAAAUCAGACUUGGUUCCAAAGGAGAACUUGGAGAACUGGCUAACAUAUCUGAACAAGGAAUUGCCAACAGUGGUAUUCCAAGCCUCAACGUGUCCGAAGAGCAAAAGGAAGGUGAAGAAGAAAGCUGCUGCUUUCAGGCGUGAAGUGUGCAUUGGGAAAGGAAGUCUUUGGAAGCUUCUUGGAAGUUUUCAGGAGACUCAUGGCAAAGCCAUUCAGGUUGGAGUAAUUGGUUUCCCAAAUGUGGGGAAAAGUAGCAUCAUCAAUACUUUAAAACAGGAGCCAGUAUGUCCUGUUGGUAUAUCCAUGGGACUUACAAGGAACAUGCAGGUUGUCCCCCUGGACAAACAAAUCACAAUCAUAGAUAGCCCAAGCAUCAUUGUGUCUCCACUUAACUCUACCACUGCGCUUGCUCUGAGAAGUCCAGCGAGUAUUGAAGAACUAAGACCACUGGAGGCUGCCAGUGCCAUCCUGUCUCGAGCUGACACUCGACAGGUAGUGCUGAAAUAUACUGUUCCAGAUUUUAAGGAUUCUCUGGAAUUUUUCACCUUUCUUGCUCAGAGAAGAGGGCUGCACCAGAAAGGGGGAAGCCCAAAUGUUGAUAGUGCCGCCAAACUUCUGUGGUCAGAAUGGACUGGUGCCUCCUUAAAUUACUACUGCCACCCUCCUACAUCAUGGACCCCUUCUCCACAUUUCAAUGAGAAGACUGUGUCAGACAUGAAGCUGGGCUUUAAUCUGCACCAACUGGAGAAGAACAAUGCACACAGUAUACAAGUCCUUAGAGGCCCCCGAUUAGCCAGUAGUGUCCUUUUCCAGUCUUCGGGUCUGACAAAUGGAAUAAUAGAGGAAAAUGACAUAUCUGAAGAAUUGCCAAAACAGAAAGUGAAGCAGCAGGAGAAACGGGAGGACUGUGGAGACAGUGACGAUCAGGAGGGUGCGGAAGAAUCUGGUGAAGCGUCUUCAGGCUUGUGCCCUGAAGAGGCCUGGCAGGUACAGCCCGAAGAGUUGCCAGCAGAUAAAAUAACUAAAGAAGAGGAUAAUGCCUACAACUUGAGCAUGGACCAUUCAUAAAAGAAUCUCAUCCUUUAAAACCAUUUGAGCAAGGCCUGAGAGAAAGGACAGCUGGCUGAAUACAUGCUUGGCAUGCUGGAGGCCUGGGUUCCAUCCCUGCCUGGUACACUGCAUGACCCCUCAAACAACACUGGACGUGGGGAUACCCCCAAUAACCCAUU